AGGUUUCUGUGUAAGUAUUUUGCACUGAUUUAAUUGAAAAUGUAAUUAUAAGGAAUGUAUUGCUUGCACUUAAACAAGAUUAUCUGUGCAAACUCCUGACAAAGAUGAGGAUGUGGCUGAAGGAGGGUGGGAGGGCGUCGUCCACUGAUCGAAGGGUCGGCGGUUCGAUUCCCACUCUGACCUAGUCAUGUGCUGUUGUGUCCAGCGCUGCUCUCACACUGGUCUAUGAAUGCGUGUGAAUGUUGGUGGUGGUCGGAGGGGCCGUAGGCGCGGAUUGGCAGCCACGCUUCCGUCAGUCUGCCCCAGGGCAGCUGUGGCUAAAAUGCAGCUUACCACCACCAGAGUGAGAAUGUGAGUGAAUGAAUAAUGGAUCCAUUGUGAAGCGCUUUGAGUGCCCAGAAAAGCGCUAUAUAAAUAAUAUUAUUAUUAUUAUUAUUAUUAUUAUUAUUAUCAAGAAGGUAGGCGGGUGUAGAAGUCAGGGAAUGGGUGGAGUUGCCCACAAGCCCCCCCAACACUCCCUGUAUAUAUAUUACCCACGACCCUUCUGGCUCCUCAUCCAGAGCACUGGCCGUCUGUCAGCGAGAUGCCAGGCAAACCUGCCCCCAUCAAGAAGUCUCCAGCCAAGAAGGCUGCCGAGAAGGCGCCUGAGCCUGCGCCGGAGCCCGAACCUGCUCCUGCAGAAGCUCCACCUGCAGAAGCUCCACCUGCGGAGGCUCCACCUGCGGAAGCUGCUCCAGCCCAGGCACCGACCGAUGCAGCUCCCGCAGCCGAGGGAGAAGCUGCUCCCGCUGCUCCUCCAGCUGCUCCAGCUGAAGCUGCUGUAGUUGAGGAGCCACCCAAGGCCCCCACACCCCCACCUCCUACAGUCCCCACCAGUGCUCCUCUGGAAGUGUCUGUGGAUGAUGUGAACGACUCCAGCCUCACCAUUAAGUGGAUGACACCGGAGACCAUCGGAGACUCCGGCCUGGACGGAUACACCAUCGAGUACUGCAAGGAUGGAACAACAGACUGGGUUGUGGCUAACGAGGACCUGACCCCGGCUAAUCGUUUCUGCAUCAGGAAUCUGACAGCCGGUGACCUGUUGCGUGUACGCGUGGUGGCUGUAAACCCCGGUGGCCGCAGUGAACCUGGUGCACUCGCUGAGCCUGUGCACAUCCGCGAGAUUGGUGAACGUCCCAAGAUUCGCCUGCCCCGCGCUCUCAGAUCUCGCGUCGUCAGGAAAGUUGGAGAGCAGAUCAACCUGGUCAUCCCUUUUCUUGGAAAGCCCAAACCUGCCGUGUCCUGGCUUAAAGAUGGUCAACCUUUGGAUACCAAGAGGGUCAACGUCAGGAACAGUGACAAGGACAGCAUCAUUUUUGUCCGCACAGCUGAGAGGGAGGACUCUGGCGUUUACGAGAUGACUGUUAAAGUGGACAGCUUUGAAGACAAAGCCACCAUCACCCUUCAGAUUGUGGAGCUGCCUGGUCCUCCUGCUAGAGUGAAGAUGGUGGACAGCUGGGGCUUCAACGCUGCUCUGGAAUGGACUGCUCCCAAGGAUAACGGCAACACAGAUAUCACCGGAUACACCAUCCAGAAGGCCGACAGGAAGACUGGGGAGUGGUUCACAGUGCUGGAACACUACCACAGGCUAACCGCCACCGUCUCAGACCUCAUCAUGGGCAACUCGUACGCUUUCAGGGUGUUUUCUGAGAACCAAGUGGGCAUGAGUGAGAUGAGCGCCGUCACCAAGGAAGUGGCCAACAUCCAGAAGACGGGUAUUGUCUACAAACCUCCUGAGUACCCGGAGCAUGACUUCAGUGAGGCACCGAAGUUCACCACACCUCUGAGCGACCGGGCCGCCACUGUGGGAUACACCACUAAGCUGCUGUGCUCUGUUCGUGGAUCUCCUAAGCCAAAGAUCGAGUGGCUGAAGAAUCAAAUGAUAAUUGGUGAUGACCCAAAGUUUCGUCAGCUCUCCAACCAGGGCAUUUGCUCCCUCGAGAUCCGUAAGCCCUGCAGCUUCGAUGGAGGCGUGUACACCUGUAGAGCCAAGAAUGCCCAGGGAGAGGCCACUGUCUCCUGCAAACUGGAGGUCAAACAGGUUAUUCUUGCAGAGACUGACAAGGAGAAGGGCAAAUAAACCAAUAACUAAACCCCUGGAGUGCCUAUAAAGGACCAGCGGAAGUCCACGUCUUAUAUGUUAAGAGUGUUUGAGGAGGUGAGAAAAAGUUGCGGCGGGCUGUGCAGCAUUGUGUACAUAAUGAAGAAAGAGACAAAACACCACACCGACAUCUCCAUAUCUGUUUCUACUCACUCAUCCUGACUUUUUCACUUCUAGUGUGCAGGAAAGACACACACCAUCCCGCAUAUCUUAGCUUGCCAAAUGUUGUAUUUUAUUUUAAUUGGUGACAUGUAUGUAAAGCUAUAGUUACCGUGUUUUUUUCCUGCCUGUGCCCAUUUGCUGUUUGUUACGGUAUAUAUACAGUAUACAGUAUGUACAACUCAAUAAAACUGAAUCCUCAGAGAUGGAAUUGCAAUGACUGUAUGGAUGUUUAAUAAAAAUUGUAUUUUAUUAUA